AUUCAAGAGCUCGUCGGGACAAGCAGCAGCUCUACAGCCGGCUCAAAGAGUGGGAAUUAAUGAAGAUCACUGAUAAAAGGACUGAUAGGGAGUAGGAGAGCUGAAAAUUGGUGAUGCUGAGAAAGGGGGAUUGGGUCUGGGUGGACUCUGACAUCGGGGUACCCAUUGGAGCGAAGGUCAAAGUAACCCCAUCUGGUCAACGGUUACUGGUGGACGAUGAGGGAAAGGAGCAGAGUCUUUCCCAGGAGCAGGAGGCCUCUGUCAGGAUCAUGCACCCUACGUCAGUGGAGGGUGUGGAUGACAUGAUCAAACUUGGAGACAUGACCGAGGCCGGUCUCCUCAGGAACCUCCUUCUCCGACACAAACGAGACAUCAUCUAUACCUACACAGGCUCUGUGCUGGUGGCAGUAAAUCCAUAUCAGGAUUUCCCUUUGUAUUCAGGUGACCAGGUGCAGUUGUACCAUGGUCGAAAGCUGGGGGAACUCCCCCCGCACAUCUUCGCCAUCGCUGAAUCCUGCUACUCUAACAUGAUGCGUCAUCUCAGGAACCAGUGCUGCAUAAUCAGUGGGGAAUCAGGAGCAGGGAAGACAGAGAGCACUAAGCUGAUCCUGCAGUACUUGGCAGCAGUCAGUGGUGAGCUCUCUGAGAAGCAGAUUGAACAGCAGAUCCUGGAGUCUAACCCAAUACUAGAAGCGUUUGGAAAUGCAAAAACAAUCCGCAACGACAACUCCAGUCGCUUUGGGAAAUAUUUGGAGAUCUUCUUCAAUAAGAACGGAGUGAUUGAGGGUGCUCGUGUGGAACAGUAUCUUCUGGAGAAAUCUCGUGUCUGCCAUCAGGCCCUGGAGGAGAGAAACUACCACAUGUUUUACUGCAUGCUGGCAGGAGUCACGGCAGAGGAGAAGAAAACCUUGAGCCUUGGAGAUGCUAAGGAGUACAAAUUUCUCUCUAAGGGCAGCAGUAUCGUGUGUGGAGGCAGGGAUGAUGCUAAGGACUACAAAAUAAUUCAUUCCGCGAUGAAAAUCCUGACCUUCUCAGAGAGCCAGUGUCAGGAAAUCCUCAAGCUGCUGGCAGCCAUAUUACACCUGGGAAACAUCUGCUUCCAGGCAAACACGCAAAAUAACUUGGAAACCAGUGACGUCAGCAAGUCAGAACACUUCAGCAUCGCAGCAUCAAUACUGGAGGUCCACAAGUCUUCCCUGGCGACGAGUUUGACCCAUCGUUCCUUUAUGACCAACAGAGAGAGGGUGACCAAACCCCUCAGCGCCGAUCAGGCCUCUGACUGUAGAGACGCCUUUGUCAAGGCAAUCUACAAUAAGUUGUUCAUAUGGAUCGUUGGGAAAAUCAACGGUGUCAUCUAUAAGAAGUUGACCAGCAGCCCCAAAUCCUCCUUCCUGUCCAUCGGCCUGCUCGACAUCUUUGGCUUUGAGAACUUCAACACAAACAGCUUUGAGCAGCUGUGCAUUAACUUUGCCAAUGAAAAGCUGCAGCAGUUCUUCGUGGGCCACAUCUUCAAGCUGGAGCAGAAGGAGUACCGGAAAGAGGACAUUGUGUGGAAUAACAUCAAAUUUAGUGACAAUCAAAGCAUCCUGGACGUUCUGGCUGUAAAACCCUGUAACCUGCUGGCUCUCAUAGAUGAAGAAAGCCAAUUUCCAAAGGGCUCAGACUUCACUUUGCUGAACAAGAUGAACCAGCAACACAGAGGGAACAAAACCUACAUCGCCUCCAGAAGUGAACACGACACAGACUUUGGGAUUCGCCACUUUGCAGGCGUAGUUUACUACGACUCCGAAGGGUUCCUGGAGAAGAACAGAGAUGCUGUCAGUUUUGACAUAAUCAAGAUGAUUGAAAUGACCACCAACAAGCUGCUUCGUCAGGUUUUUGAGACUGAGCUUUCAACCAAUGGUGUGAAGAUUAGUAACAACAAAAAGAUCAUCAUGACACCUAAGACCUCCCUACGGGUUCAGACUGACAACCGUAAACAGGCGGCGACGCUGAGCGGUCAGUUCCGUCAGUCUCUGGACUCCCUCAUGAAGGCUCUGUCCGCCUGCCAGCCGUUCUUCAUCCGCUGCUUCAAGCCCAACAAUGAAAAGCAGUCUAAGGCGUUUGACAGAGAGCUGUGUAUGCGUCAGCUGAGAUACUCCGGCAUGAUGGACACCAUUCGCAUCCGGAAGCUGGGAUACCCAAUUCGCCACACCUUUGAGGAUUUCCUGAAGCGCUACAGGGUGCUCCUGCAGACGACUGUCUGUGACCCCAGAACUGAGACAUCCGCUGCCUGUUGUGAAGCCAUCUGCCAGACAGUGUUUGAAGGAGCCGACGAGUGGAAAAUAGGCAGGACCAAGAUCUUCCUGAGGGAUGCUCAUGACUCCGUCCUGGAACGAGUGAGGGAACGCAAGCUCAGCAAGAUAGUUCUGGUGAUCCAGAGGGUCAUGCUGGGACACAAAGACAGAAAGUCUUUCCUGAAGAAGCGUCGGGCAGCUGUGGUGUUGCAGAAUCACUGGAGAGCUUACAGACACAAGCAAAUGAGAAGAAAGCUCUGGCACGGCUUUGAGCGGCUGGCAUCAAAGAUCCGCAGCCGUAAGCUGUGGUUACAGUACCAAAGACAGCGAGCAGCAGCACUCACCAUACAAAGCCAGGUUCGAGGCUACCAGGUGAGGAAGGACUGGAAGCAGAAGAGAGAGGCAGUCAUACUGCUGCAAGCUCAUAGAAGAGGACUCCUGGCCAGGAGAACAGCUCAAAAGAUGAGAGAUGACGCCUCUCUUUUGCGCCUGGCGAAAGAGAACGAAGAGAAGAUUGCUUUGGAGCUUCAGCAGCGACUGAAAGUUAUCGCUCAAUCCCAACUAGCUGAAGAGGAGCCUGAGCCAAUCGAUGAAGAGGAGCCGGAGCCAAUCGAUGAACAGGAUUCAGAGGAGCACACGUAUGAUCUCCAGCCCACGCCUCCUGUGGAAGUGGUAAAACAGGAAGCACACCGUUCAGAUGAAUUUGAGAAGAAGAGGAACAUGCCAGAGCCGGUGGAGGAAACCUCAGUUGAGACAUCAGAGCUGGAAAUCAUCGCUCCAGCCUCAUGCUCACCAACCCCUACCCCGUCGCUGGAAGAGGACGAGGACGAGUUUGAUGACGCCAGUGAUGAGUUUUCUUUCUUAAAGUUCAGCAUCCUUCACUUCGAGAGCAACACCGGCCACACGCACUUCAACCAGAGACUCAAGCAGCCGCUUCUGCCCCACGAUGACGAGGGCGAUGCACUGGCGUGUCUGACUGUAUGGUGGAUUAUAUUGCGUUUCAUGGAGGACUUGCCAGAACCAAAAUCUGUGGACGCAAUGUCUCAAGCAUCCAGCAUCAUCUCCCGUCAUAUGCCUCAUAGGCAAGGCAGGAGGCUGAGCAGCCUGGUGGGACUGGACCAGAAAAUACUGAGGAAGAACAAGAAAAAGCUCGGAGGUGGAAACAGAAAAGCUUCCGUCAUUCUGGAGGAGCCAGAGAACAUUACGGAGGACGACAACAUUUUGAUCGGAGAGGGCCCGACACUGGAUCGGCCACUUUCAUCUUUGGAAAAACUACACAUUAUCAUCGGAUACGCUCUAUCGAGACCAGACAUAAGGGAUGAGAUUUACUGCCAGAUCUGUAAGCAGCUGGUGAACAAUAAGAACAGGAAGAGCCGUACGCAAGGUUGGAUCCUUCUUUCCAUCUGUCUUGGGAUCUUCCCCCCAACAGACCUCUUCGAAAAGUAUUUGGAGACUUUUGUCCGCAGAGGUCCAAGUGGUUACAGACAAUACUGUAGUGAGCGGCUGCGCCGUAUAAUAGCCAACGGAGGAAGGAAAGAGUUGCCCUGUUGGAUAGAGGAACAGGCUGCCAAGUCCAAGGAGCCCAUAGAUGUGUCUGUGACCAUACUGGACGACCGCACUGUCAGUCUACAAGUGGACUCGGCUUCCACCUCUGCUGAAGUCUGUCAAGCUGUGGCUGACAAGAUUGAUCUUCGAGACACAUACGGAUUCUCCCUGUAUAUCAGUCUCUAUGACAAGAUGUGGUCUCUGGGCAGCUGUGGGAAGCACGUAUUCGAUGCAGUGUCUCAGUGCGAGCAGGAGAUGAGGAGGCAGGGCAGGGAGGAGAAGGACACCCCCUGGACACUUUCCAUCCGCAAGGAACUGUUCACACCCUGGCACGACUGCUCAGUAGACCCGAUCAGCACAGAUCUAAUCUACAGACAGGUUAUCAAGGGAAUCAAGAUGGGAGAGUACACCAGUGAUAAGGAGGAUGAAUACGUCCAGCUGGCAGCAAAGCACUAUUACAUCCAGUUUGGGUCUACAUACAACAAAGACAACGUCCAGAAGGUGGUGAAGGAGUGCAUCACCACAACACUUAUUGAGAACAAAUCUAUGACAAAGUGGGUCCAACUCAUCAGCGCAGAACACUUAAAGGGUCCUUAUGUCAACGGGAAGCCGAAAACAGACAGCGUAAAAGGAGAACUGGUCAACAACGCCCAACACGCAUGGCCCCUGCACUUCUCCAAAUUUUAUGAAGCUACAUUGAUAUCAGGACCUCCUUUGUCCAAAAGCAGAUUUUUUGUGGCUCUAAACUGGAGUGGCAUCUGCUUCAUGGAUGGCAGAGACAAGAGCCUCCUUGAGAUUCCUUACCUAGAAGUAAAGGAAGUACGCGUGAUCAGUGACAGUCAUUUCAGUAACACCCAGUCACUGAGUUUGACCACAGUCAAAGGAGAGUAUGUCCUGAAAUCAUGGGACGCUGCGGACAUGGCCGCUCUUAUUGAGAAAAACCUGGACGGGCUGAGACAACGCUCAGUGUAUGCACUGGCUCAACAGGAUGCCAGUAAACCAGAUGACCCCAUGUUUGUGGUUUGUAAACGAGGCGACCUUCUGCUAGUAGAGAAAGAUGAAGAAUGUUCUCCUGAUAAGAACUUGAUGGAAGUUACCAACCAGCGGACUGGUGCCAGUGGUGUGGUCCACAGGGAUACAGUGCACUUCCUGCCGACUCUCGAGAAGCCCACUGACUUUAUGCUGGAGCUGCUCAGUCCAGGCCAAAGGAAACCAUCAACAACACAAAACACCACACAGAGAAAGGAAUCAGUGGCUCCUACCUCUUUAAAAGAGUUUGCAUUUGAGAACUUCAGGCCUGCAGGUAAUGCCGGUCGACAAGGUGCGUCUAAAGGGGUCAUCAGGGAGAAGCUGUGGGCUAGCUCCAGAGAACCUCUCAAACAGCCUCUCAUGAGAAGUCUGGCCCGCAACUCUGAUCUCAGCAACCUGGCCUGCAGCACCUUCACUGCUAUCCUGAAGUACAUGGGCGACUACCCCAUCAAACAUGCUCGCAGUCCUUUAGAGCUGACUGACCAGAUCUUUGGUCCUGCCACGCAGUAUGAAGCUCUGCAGGACGAGGUCUACUGCCAGAUUAUGAGACAGAUGACCAGCAACAGCAGCAGGUUGAGUAUGGAGCGUGGGUGGCAGCUCAUGUGGCUGUGUUUGGGCUUGUUCCCGCCCAGUCAGAAUUUGACGAGACACACAAAGCACUUCCUGGAGUCACGUCCCAGAGACCAGCUGGCUCCUGGCUGCCUGCAGAGGCUGAACGGGAUGUGCAGUAAGGAGCCCAGGAAGCUUCCUCCCCAUCCGGUAGAAGUGGACGCCAUCCAACAGAACAGCACCCAGAUCUUCCAUAGAGUCCACUUCCCAACUGACACAAGUGAUAUAUUUGAGGUGAAAUCGACGACCACAAUCAAAGACCUGUGCUACAGUAUCGCCUCUCAGCUCAAACUGAGCUCAGCUGAAGGAUACGGCCUGUACCUGAAAACGACAAGCAAGCUCGUAACCUUGGAGGAGCAGAAAUACUUUUUUGACAGUUUAAGGCAGACUUCAGAGCCUGUUAAGAAAGGAAAAAAAGUGAAAGAAGGCAACCAGGCCAAUAUGCCCUACCGGGUGAUCUUCAAGAGGAAGCUCUGGUUCAAUGUGAGCCCGGGGAAAGACCUGGUUGCAGACCUCACUUUCCAUUUCCCACAGGAGCUGCCUAGGUACCUGCAUGGAUACCACAAUUGCACCAAAGAGGACAUGACCGACCUGGGUGGGCUGCUCUUCAGAGUCGAAGUAGAUUCAGACAGGUCGCAGUUUGUCAUGAUCCCCAGAAUGCUGAGGAAGCUUGUUCCUGCUGACCAGUUAAAGAUGAUGUCCCCUGAAGAAUGGAAGAAGCACAUCAUCGCUGCCUAUAACAAGCAGAGUGGCAUCACGGUGCAGGAGGCCAAAAUCGCCUUCCUGAUAGGCAUCUCGAGUUGGCCGACCUUCGGCUGUUCCUUCUUUGAAGUUAAACAAACUUGUGAAUCUAGCUACCCGAAUGCAGUUUGGAUCUCCAUCAGCAAGCAAGGAGUUUGCAUAAUAGACCCAAAUACAAAGGAGCUGCUUGUCAUGCACCCAUUCAGCCGCAUCACAGAUUACCAAAGUGAAGGCAACUACUUCGAGAUGACCAUCGGCACCCUGGGCAACAUCUUUGUCUGUGAAACCUCAAAGGCCAACACAAUGGUGGACCUCCUUAUAUCGUACAUCACCAUGUACGAGAGGCAGAGGCAGAACUUUCGACCAAGGAACCAAAUGUUUUCCUGAGACUUCAAGAGCAAAAGCAGAGACUGAGAUGCUGCGAUUUGCAUCUUUCAGUGAUGACAAAUGACAAUGACAAAAUUAUAUAGAUUUGCUUCUACUAAACAAGAUAGUGAUGUUCAAAUUUGUCUUAUUGUAAUUUAUUUGUCUUGACCGCAAUUCCUAACGUGUCAUUGUGAGAACUGUUAAGAGUCUAGAACAUGAAUUGAGAUUCAUGUAAAAUUAGUGAUAUAAACCUUUAACAUGUCCAACAUUGAGUCAUUUAGAUUAAAAUAGAGAUUUCUUAAUUUAUUAUUGUUAGCAUAUUUCACUGAGAAAGUUAGCCUACAAUGCUAAAAGAUACAUUGCAAUUCAUACCAUCAAACAUGAUUAUAUUAUCUAGGAUCUAGUUGAUGCAUAUUGUGUUUAUCAUAUGGUACUAAAUAGAAUUUCAAAACACUGUACAUAUGUUCAUACAUUUACAUAUGGACACAUAUGCUUUUACAUUUAAUUACCUCGUUAAUUGAUAUCCAUUGAAAUUAUAUGAGAGGAAAAGGGCUAUUCUAAAACUGUAGACAGCAUCCAUAAAUGUUGAGAAAAGCUUGUCUUUGAAAUCCAGAACGGCUGACUUUAGUACACAAUGUUCAAAAUGACAAGUUUAUUAUCUGAUGCAUGCAAAAUACAGUUGAAACUAUUUCAACAGAAAA